AUGGUGACGAAAGAUGCUGCCCUUUACGCGCGCUUCCGGAAGAGGGCGGCAGAAAUCAGCGGGACUUCGCCCGAGCCGAAGAAGAAAGCCAGACUCUCCAGCCCCGAGACGAGUGCGGCCCAGGUUGGGCUUUCCAGGCCUGCGGCCCAGGUCGGGCCUUCCAGGCCUGCUCAGGAGGUCCCGAGCACCGAUCAUAGGGGCUCGGGAUCUACGGGGACAUCGGCUAUGUUGGCUUGCCUGGCCCCCAUUUCUCAGCGCCCUGGUCGACAUCCUCUCGAGCAGAGGCGCUCGGCUUCCGAGCAGCGACGCUCGGAUUCUGAGCCAGGGAGUAGCCAGGGUGCUCCGAGGCCGCCCCCGCCCCCACCGAGUCCAUCGAGGCCUAGUCUUCCAUGCCCCCCAGAGGCCGAUCCUCCGCCGGAGAGGUGGCCUUACCUCCCCUCGUGGGAGGUUUUUGAGGGCGACUCGGCCCUCGACGAUCCUGCCGUGGCACGGCAAGUUUUUCACGUCGCGCUGCUCCCGGCCGACCAGGCCAAGAUCCGGUCGCAGAGCUACAAUAGCUUCAUGGACGGGGUCUACUGCUCCGUAGUCCGGCGUCUCCACGAGCUCGAGACUUUGAUGCACAUUGCAUCAGACUAUCGGGAUCGGGGCCGGCGAUACCAACGCGGGCAGGAGAAGGCCGAAAAGAAACUUCGCCAGGCCGAGGCGAGGCUUGGCGAAGUUGAGCUCUUGCGGCAGGAACUGCUCGCAAGAGUUGAGGCCGUCGAGGGCGAGCUCCGGUCGCGGACCGAGGAGCUUGAGGAGGAGAAGGGCGCGCAUGCCUUGGCCAGGUCGGAGCUGCACGCCGCCGAGUCGCGUCUGAGCAAGGCCCAGUCGGCGCUUGCCGCAUGCGAGCAGGAGGCGGAGGGCGCGAAGCUCAGGGCUGCGGAGCUCGAGGGCUGCGUGGAGAGAGCCCAGGAGGAGGCUUGA